AUGGCUCGAAAGAAUCUCCUCUCAUUGGUCUUCUGGCUUGUCCAUGUAAGCUUAACUGUUGUCGUCUCUGCGCAGGAAUGCUUGGACAGUUUAGGAACUUUCAAACCAGGUGGUACUUUUGACAAUAACCGUCAACUUAUCCUCUCAUCUCUUGCAUCUGAAGUCACAGCGAGAGAUGGCUUCUUCAACGCUUCGAUUGGGACAGAUCCUGACCAAGUCUACGCAAUGGGAAUUUGCAUCCCAGGAGCUAAACAAGAGAUUUGUUCGGAUUGUAUCAAGGACGCGUCUGACCAGUUAGUACAAAGUUGUCCCAAUCAGACAGCAGCAUUUUAUUGGUCAGGUGGAGGUGAAACUCAAUGUAUGGCAAGAUAAUCUAACCGGCCCUAUUUUAGAGCGUUGGAUCCACCUUCUGGUGGUUGUACCGCUCGAAAUGUCACUAACUUAACAGCGUUUGAUGGAUUGUUUGAGCGAUUAUCAGUUGGUAUGGUGAAUAAAGCUUCAUCAUCGUCAGGAAAUGAUGUAUCAGUCUCUAACAGUAGAUUCUAUGUAGUUGAUGUAGCAAGAUUGAGUAGUUCUGAAAUGGUAUACGCCUUGGUGCAAUGUACACCAGACGUCUCUUCCUCUAACUGUAAAACCUGUUUACAACAAAGUGUUGAUGACUAUAAAGAUGGCUGCCGUGGGAAGAAAGGCAGCUUUGUGUAUCGCCCUAAUUGCAUUUUCCGGUUGGAUAUGUUCCGCUUCAGCCCGCAUCUGACCGCAUCCGCGCCAGCACCUGAGCCGCAAUCCCCACCUCAACUGACCAACCAAGAUGGGAGAAUGAUUGGUAUAGGAGCUAUCAUAGGAAUUGUCACUGCAACGGUCAUAAUCAUAGCUCUACUUGCUCUCGGAGCAGCUGUUUGCAGGAGUUGAAAAAAAUACCAAGGUUUUGCCUCAAGAACUGCAGAUGAUAUUACAACUGCAGAAUAUCUUCAUAUUGAUAUUAAGGAAAUUGAAGCUGCAAAAAGUAACUUUUUGGCGAGUAACAAGAUCGGUCAAGGGGGAUUCGGAGAAGUUUACAAGGGUACAUUCGCAAAUGGAACUGAAGUUGCAGUCAAGAGGCUAUCAAGAACUUCAGAUCAAGGUGAAGUGGAGUUCGAGAACGAGGUCCUUCUUGUAGCAAAGCUUCAGCAUCGGACUCUCGUUAGGCUUCUCGGGUUUUCUCUGAAAGGAGAAGAAAAUAUACUAGUCUAUGAGUUUGUUCCCAACAAGAGCCUUGAUUAUUUGCUCUUUGACCCAGCAAAGAAGGGUCAGCUAGAUUGGACAAGACGGUACAACAUCAUCGGAGGAAUCACACGAGGGCUCCUCUAUCUUCAUCAAGACUCAAGGCUAACUAUUAUACACCGUGACAUUAAAGCGAGUAACAUUCUAUUAGAUGCCGAUAUGAAUCCCAAAAUAGCGGAUUUUGGAAUGGCUAGAAACUUCAGAGAUCAUCAAACUGAAGCCAAUACAGGGAGAGUAGUUGGAACCUUCGGUUACAUGUCUCCAGAAUAUGUGACGCAUGGCCAAUUCUCUACCAAGUCUGAUGUCUGUAGCUACGGAGUAUUGAUUCUGGAGAUUGUUAUUGGCAAAAGGAAUAGCAGCUUCUAUCAAAGGAAUAGUUCAGUUUGCAACUUGGUCACAUAUGUUUGGAGGCUUUGGAACAAUGAUUCACCCUUAGAAUUUCCCACAAUUGGGGAAAGCUAUGAGAAGGAUGAAGCCAUUAGAUGCGGACUAUUAUGCGUUCAAGAAACUCCCGCAGACCGUCCAGCGAUGUCUACAGUCUUUCAGAUGCUAACCAAUAGCUCUAUUACUCUACCCGUUCCUCGACCACCUUUUUUUUUUUUCAGGAACAGACCGAGUUUAGACCCUUUAAACUAUGGAUCCGAGCCAGGCCAAUCCAGCAGCAACUCUGUUCCUUGUUCUGUGGACAACGCAACGAUCACUAUGGUCACACCUCGUUGA